AUGAACACUGUUGUUUUUAGCGGCAAUCCAAUUUCCUUAUUACGCGGCAUUAUGGAAACUGAAUGCUCUCGAUUGGCGGAUACAAUUCACCAACUCGCACAGAAUCAUCACAAACCUCGCUACUUAGUCGCAAUUGGGGGAAGUCCGGGGUCUGGUAAAACAACCACUGCUAAAAUGGUCACUCAUCUGCUCAACAAGGGCUCCGUCAAGCGGACGGCACUCAUUUCUAUGGAUGGAUUUCACCUGUCAAGGGCAGCAUUAGACAAAUUACCUGACCCGGAAAUGGCGCAUGCCCGGCGUGGUGCGCCGUGGACAUUUGAUUUGCCACGGUUUCAAGAUUUCGUGCGCCGACUUUAUACCUGGGCUAAUGCCGUACCCCUGUGCACGUCGGUAAAAGUGAAAGAUCCCGUUGAAGAUGGCAUUAUCAUCACCCCAGAUACUUCGAUAAUCAUCCUAGAAGGAAACUAUCUUCUUCUCAACGAGCCUGGAUGGAGAGAUAUAAGUAGUCUCUUUGACUAUCGCGUUUUUAUCAACAUUGAUCUACAAGAAGCACGAUCGCGAGUGGCCAAGCGUCAUGUUCAUGCUGGCAUUGAGCGAACAUUGGAGGAAGGGCUUCGAAGAGUAGACGGCAACGAUUAUCUCAAUGGCCUUUUGAUCCAUGAGAAACUGCUUGUACCAGAUAUGUUUGUGGAAAGUAUACCUUGGAGCUUCACAGAAGCAAGUUAA